UAUCUGUGGCAGGUUUCGUUUGUCUUGUCUGCGCCGGUCACUGGAAUUUUCUGCAAUCCACAAACAAGAACUUCUUGCGACGAUUUAGAAUACUUUCUUGGUUUCGCCGGUAACUCACAGGAUUGAAGAUGAGUUGUUGUCCAUUCAACGAGGAGCAGCUGAGUCAGCUGAAGAUGUUCAUAGAAAUUUGUAAAAGCCAACCUCAGAUCUUGAAUCACCCUAAAAUAACGUUCUUCAAAGAUUACAUUACAUCGCUUGGCGGCACUAUACCAGCGGCGACUUUUGGUGCAAAACCCUUUACAGCAUCUGGAGACAAUGUUCCACCAUCAAAUAAUAAUGCCGAAAAGAUACCUUCUUCCGAUGAGGAGUCAGAACCUGAGUCGGAUGUUGAGCUGGACAUGGAAGGUGUCAUAGAACCAGAUGUCCUAGAUGACUCUCAAGUCAUGGGCGACCAGUCCAAGGAGACCACAGAUGAGGAACGGGACCAAUCGGACGAGAAGAGGUCGGCAGCUAUGAGGGCAUUCUCUGAGCAGAACUUUGACGAAGCGAUCAAGUUGUACACUGAGGCUAUACAGCUGAACCCACAGAGUGCCUUGCUUUUUGCUAAGAGAGGACAGGUGUAUCUCAAACUGAACAAACCGAACGCGUGUAUCAAAGACUGCACACAGGCUCUGGAACUGAACUGCGACAGUGCUGCCGCGUACAAAUUCCGCGGCAGAGCAUAUAGGUUGCUGGGCAAGUUUGAGGAGGCAUCUCACGAUCUGUGCGAGUCGCUGAAGAUCGACUACGACGACCAAACUAACGAGUGGCUGCAGGAAGUCAAGCCUAACGCCGAGAAACUGAGGCAGCAUAAGCUCACGGUGCAACGCAAGAAAGAAGAGAAGGAGCACGCGGACAAGGUCCGGCGCGCCCGCAAGGCGCAGGAGGCGCGCGCGCGGGCCGCGCAGGCGCAGCAGGACGCGCCGGGCUUCCCCGGCGCCGGGGCCUUCCCGGGGGGCUUCCCGGGCGCCGUGCCUCGCGGACAAGCCGGCGGCAUGCCGGACAUCGCCAGUCUGAUCAGCGAUCCCGAGAUCAUGGCGCUUAUCCAGGACCCAGACGUAGCCAAUGCGUUCCAAGACGUGUCGGCCAAUCCGGCCAACUUUGUGAAGUACCAGAACAACCCUAAGGUGGCCGCUGCCAUUGAGAAGCUGCAGAGCAAAUUCUUCUCGAGCGCUGCCGCUGGAGGUUUCGGUGGCGCACCGGGCGCGGGCGCGGGCGCGGCGGACGACGACGUGGGGCUGGACUAGGCGCGCACGCACGCGCACGCACACACACAUCACCCUGCCGUUCUACCCGACCCAGGAGCUUUUCAAGACCUGUACUUUUAUAUUGCCACGUGGUUUCCUGCGCGUCGACCUUGUCAGUCGAAAAAGAUGACUUUAAAUAUGUCUGCGAAUCCCGUCGAUGCGGCAUCUUGUUCUCGAUACGUUUAUCGUCGAUUGAGUCCGUUCCGCGGCAAUCUUUGGUACGUUAAUGUGUUCUCUGUGUGUAGCGAAAUCACACAUCCAUUGUCCUGUGUGUACUUUACGGUCAGUCGUGACUCGUAACGGAACAUAGAUGUUACGACGUAGACAAACGGUUGAAUGUCAUGUCGUUCUAAUACUCUAUUCUUUUUAUUACUUUUUUAUUUAUAAAAAUACAGCAUUUGAAACGCUCCGGGACUCGAUUAUUUAAAGUAACCGUAUGACACACACACAAAUGAUUAAUGUAUAAUACGAUAUUGACAUUUCCAAUCCACGUAUACGCCAACCUAAUAAGCAAAUUGUUACAAAUGCAAUAUUUUUAACGCUUGAGAAAAUAAACUUUGAUCUCUAAACUA